UCAUCGUCUUUUUCAAAAAUCUUCCGUUAGGGUUUUCAACACGAUAUGAAGCUCGCAUGGCUGAGGUCUCUCGAAACUUCUCAUCACGAUUGCGUCUGGGCUUGUACAUGGCUUCCUGCCACAGAUAAAAGCUCCGGCCUUCUCCUCACCGGAUCCCUUGACGAGACGGUGAAGCUAUGGAAUCCCGACGACCUAUCGCUUGUCCGUACAAACACCGGACAUUGCCUCGGCGUCGUUUCCGUCGCUGCUCAUCCUUCCGGAAAAAUUGCUGCAUCCGCUUCUAUGGAUAGCUUUGUUCGUGUCUUUGAUGUUGAAUCUAACAACACCAUUGCUACUCUCGAGGCUCCUCCUUCUGAAGUCUGGCAAAUGCAAUUCGAUCCGAGGGGUACAACUCUUGCUGUUGCUGGAGGCAGCAGUGCGUCGGUCAAACUUUGGGAUACAGCUGAAUGGAAACUGAUUGCAGCUUUAUCUAUUCCUCGUCCCGAGGGCUCAAAGCCAUCUGACAAAGGCAACAACAAGAAGUUUGUCCUUUCGGUUGCAUGGAGCCCAAGCGGAAGACAGUUGGCAUGUGGGUCCAUGGACGGUUCCAUUUCCGUUUUCGACGUACAACGAGCAAAAUUCCUUCACCAUCUUGAAGGUCACACAAUGCCCGUUCGUUCUCUUGCGUAUUCACCUCUAGACCCCCGAGUUCUGGUUUCAGGGUCAGAUGAUGAACGCAUUCACAUGUAUGAUGCUGAAGGAAAGACGCUAUGUUCAUCAAUGUCGGGCCAUUCUAGCUGGGUGUUGAGCGUGGACGUGAGCCCAGAUGGUGCAGCCAUUGCAUCGGGGUCUAGUGAUAGGACAGUGAAGUUAUGGGACCCGAAAAUGAGGGCGGCGGUUCAGACGAUGACUAACCAUACUGACCAGGUUUGGGGGGUGAAGUUUGAAGGUGGAGCUAGGGGGAGUCUGCUUGCAAGUGUAUCAGAUGAUAAAAGCAUCUCGUUAUAUAAUUAUUCUUAAAUAAACUGCGAGGGAUAUUAUUCAUUUUACUUUUCCAUUUGGUUUCAUAAUUGUACUUUUUGUAAACCAUUUGAAGUAUUUAUAAUCAGAUUAUCUGUAGUUUAAAGCUAA